AACAAAGGAGGAAUAAAAGAAGCAAGGGAGCCGUUUCAAAGGCUUAUCCCACACUACUACUACUACUACUACUACUAACUGACUGGGUCGUUCGUCUUGAGUGUUUCCUAGCAAUGCCGGUUAUUUUGGUGGGUCGAACCCAUAACCGGGUUGGAAAAAGACUAUGGGAAAUAAUUGGAUGUUUAAACGACUUCGGUGUUGGAAGAAUGGUGGUAAGAUCAGCACAUGAGAAAUAUCCUGAACCAUGCUUUUACAGAAUUUUAAGUGCUCGACCACAAAUGGACACAGGCCGACCAUACAUGGAUGAGGAUAACAUAAGAGGCAAAGUGCUGGUUGAGAGAGUGUUCCGAGGGGUGAACGACGGGGUUGUGGACCUUUCCAAAAGUGCGUACAAAACUGAUUUCAAGUUGAUCCAUAAGCACGAAGAACAUAAAUAUGUAGAAGCACUAAAAAAUUGCAAGCCAAAAGAAGUUAAAAUACUCCCGCAGACAAUCGACCUUCCUCCUCUUCUAAAAAUUAUUGCAGAGAGAGAGAAUCAUGAGUGCAAAGAGUUGGAACUUGUAGUAAUUAACACCAAAACAUAUCGGCUCGCAGAAGAUGGGGAGACCCCAAAUGUUAAUGUAACUCUUGGACUGCAAAAUCCAGCAAGUCCAGAGUUAUAUGAAGGUGUACUGAACAAGAGUUGAUGUAUUAUGAUCGAUGAAAAAGGAGAUUUUUCUUUUACAAGUGACUGUCAUCUUCCUGUUAAAUGCAUAUAGUAAUCAUGUGCAAUUCACUGCUUUUCAGUUUCAGUUCUGUAAAUGGCAUUACUUACUGAAGGUAGUAGGAAAGUAGUCAAAAUGAUAUCUAACUUUCGAUCACAGGUAUUUAACCACUUUAAACAUUUGUAAGUACUAUAUAUCUGUCUGUUUGGAAAACUUUUGUACCUUAUGUGAAAAAAGUGCUAUACAUA